AUGCUGCUCCGCAUACGUUCUCCAUCGGGGACGGCCCGUAUAACCGUCGACGUCAACACCAGCGGCGAAGAGCUCGCUCAGCUCAUCAUCGACACUAUCCAGGGCGGCGCCAAACCUGACCCAUCCACGCUCACGCUCAGCAACCAGCCGGGCGCCGGAGGCGAGAGGCUCGGUCUCGAUGCCCUCGUUGGUAGGAAAGUGGGCGACAUGGGAUUUAGCCACGGUGACCUCCUCUUCCUUGCGUACAAGGAGAUCGAUGCCCCGUCCUCGUCGCAAGCGGCGUCCCCGGCCAAGGCCAGUUCGUCAACCCCGGUUCCCAGUGCGCCCGCUGUCCCUUCCCACCUUGACGGUGUUGUCGAGCCUGACGUGGACGUGUAUUGGGCGACGCAGACGGGCAAGAUUGAGCGCAAGCGCGACCCUGCGUUCUGUCGUCACGGCGAGAAGGGAAUGUGCGACUACUGCAUGCCCUUGGAGCCAUAUGACACCAAGUACCAAGCCGAGAACCAGAUCAAGCACCUUUCCUUCAACGCGUACCUCCGCAAGCUCCUCGCUGGCCGGCCCCCAUCUGCCGCGGCCUCGACGCACGUCCCACCCCUCUCCCCACUGUCCCUCUCGGUCCUCACCCCGUGCCCAACAGAGUCGCACGCACCCUUCCCCGAUGGCAUUUGCUCAAAGUGCCAGCCGUCUGCUCUUACGCUCCAGUCUCAAGAGUUCCGCAUGGUCGACCACGUGGAGUUUGCGACGCCUGCCCUCAUUGACACCCUCCUCACUGCCUGGCGCAGGACAGGAAGCCAGCGUUUCGGUUUCCUCAUCGGCCACUACGAGCAGUACGACAAGGUGCCCAUGGGUGUCAAGGCUGUGGUGGAGGCGGUGUGGGAGCCCAAGCAGGAAGGCGAGGUGGACGGCCUCACCGUUGAGGUCCCUUGGAGCGACGAGAAGCGCGUCGACGAGAUUGCCAGUUGGUGUGAGCGUGGACUCGGCCCUGUUGGCAUGAUCUACACCGAUCUUACCCCCGACCCCGAGGACAUCACCAAGACCCUCUACAAGCGUCACGCUCAGAGCUACACCGCCUCGGCACUCGAGAUGAUCGCUUCGGCCAGGUACCAGGUUGACCACCCUCUGGCCACCAAGGCGUCUCCUACUGGCACCUUCUCGUCUCGCUGGGUCACCUGCUGCUUGACCGGCACCCAGGACGGCCAGGUGGACGUCAUUGCCUGGCAGGCGACCGAGCAGUCCGAGGCGAUGGUCAAGGCCAACACGAUCGAGGCGAGCGUCGACCCCAGUAUUGUGCGUGUGCGCAAGCCCAAGGACGGCGAGUACAUUCCCGAAGUCUUCUACAGCUUCAAGAAUGAAUACGGCCUCCAGGUCAAGAUGCCCGCCAAGCCCACCUUCCCCGUCGAGUACCUCUUUGUCAACAUCACCCACGGUUUCCCCAACGACCCCGACCCGCUCUUCCUGUCGCAAAACUUCCCUGUCGAGAACCGCCCAGGACUCCACGACCAGUCCAUGGAGGUUGUCGUGCGCGAGCUCCUUCGUAUCCUCCAGACUUCCGACCUGGACGUGAGCGACACGGCCACAUGGCCAGCCCGUAUCAAGCAGGAGGUCGCCAAGUGGCUCUCGGACUGGCACCUCGUCUCCUUCUUGUGCAUGCACGGGCCCUUCUCCGACGACGAGCAAAAGCUCAUCGCCCAAGUGGCCACGGCCCACCACCACCCAGAGCACGCCAUGGCCUUGGAGGGCCUCUUCGCCACUGGCGGGUGGCAGACUCUGCUCACCAUUGCCGAGUCGUCAGCCGUUGUGCGCGACAACAUCACCCCAGCGGACCAGUUUGACCGUAUGGGCCUGGGCAGCUCCCCGCCUGCCGGCUCAUCCAGCGCCGCUGCCUCGGGCCCGGGCUCGGGGGCGGGCACUGGUACGGGCACGCCUGCGGCUACGGACCUCGGUGGAGGCGGCGGUGGUAAGGCGUGUCCACACUGCACCUUCAUCAACGACUCGGGAGCGUCCGACUGCGACGUUUGCGGAUUGCCGCUGUAG